CUGACAUUUUGUAGUCACACACGAAGAGAGCCACAAUUGAGAAAUGGAUAGUCAAAGGGUCCACGGCACUCCUCAUCAGAGAGGAGUGGAUAACGAAGAAGGGGAAAAGGUUUUUGGAAAUAUUUUAGCAGAAUUAGAAUCUGUGGAUCUUCCCCUGGGAACCACAUUAAGAUCAAUCUACGAUGACCAGCCAAAUGCACACAUACGCUUCAUGGAAAAGCUGGACGCCAGGAUAAGGAAUCAUGACCGUGAGAUUGAGAAGAUGUGCAAUUUCCACCACCAAGGUUUUGUGGAUGCUAUCACGGAGCUUCUCAAAGUUCGCACUGAUGCAGAGAAACUUAUGGGCCAAGUGACGGAUACUAAUCGAAGACUACAAGAAGCUGGGAGGGAGGUGACAGCUCAAACUGGGGAGGUGAUUCGCUGUCGCAGCCAGCAGAGGAACAUGGCCACAACUGUGGAGAAACUCCAGCUCUGCAUACCAGUCCUCCAAAUGUACAGCAAACUAAAGGAGCAACUGGAGUCCAAAAGAUACUAUGCUGCACUUAAAACCAUGGAACAACUGGAGAAGAUCUACAUCCCUCGAGUAAGCCAAUAUCGAUUCUGUCAGAUCAUGGCUGAAAACUUGCCCAGACUGCGGGAGGAGAUAAAGGAGAUCUCCAUGUCUGACCUAAAGGAUUUCCUGGAGAGUAUAAGAAAACACUCCGACAAAGUUGGAGAGACUGCCAUGAGACAGGCCCAACAACACAGAACCUUUAACAGUGCAGUAGCAAAGCAGGCCAGUGUGGGCCACUACGCUAAGCCAUUGUACUCACUCAAUUGGCAAACACACACGCGCAACAUCCUCAUGACGGAGGAUGACGACGAUGCUGAUGAGGAGAUUCUUACAGCUCAGGAUCUUGUGGACUUCUCACCUGUUUACAGGUGUUUGCACAUUUAUGCUGUACUGGGAGACCGAGAAACUUUUGAGAAUUACUACAGGAAACAGAGGAAAAAGCAGGCCAGGCUCGUCCUGCAGCCACAGGCUAACACGCAUGAAACAGUGGAGGGUUACAGAAGAUACUUCAAUCAGAUUGUAGGAUUCUUUGUUGUUGAGGACCACAUCCUCCAUGCCACUCAAGGACUCGUGACCAGAGCUUUCACUGAUGAACUGUGGAAUAUGGCCCUGUCCAAGAUCAUCGCUGUGCUCCGCACACACUCUUCAUACUGUGAGGAUCCGGACCUGGUCCUGGAGCUGAAGAACCUUAUUGUCAUCUUUGCAGACACACUACAGGGUUUUGGUUUCUCUGUGAAUCGACUGUUUGACCUGUUGUUUGAGGUACGAGACCAGUACAAUGAAACUCUAUUGAAGAAGUGGGCGCUGGUAUUCAGGGAGAUCUUCGAAUUGGACAACUACAGUCCCAUACCAGUGGAAACAGAGGACGAGUAUAAACUGGUCGUCAGUCGCUUCCCGUUUCACGAUGCAGAGAUAGAGAAGCAGGACUUUCCUAAGAAGCUGCCAAUGUCCCAGUCUGUGCCACAGAUAUAUAUGCAAGUAAAAGAGUUCAUUUAUGCCAGCCUCAAGUUCUCUGAGUCACUUCACCGCAGUUCAACGGAGAUUGAUGAUAUGUUGCGGAAAUCAACUAACCUGCUGCUGACAAGAACACUCAGCAGUUGUCUGCAAAACCUCAUCAAGAAGCCACAUAUAGGGCUGACUGAGUUGGUGCAGAUCAUCAUCAACACCACCCACCUAGAGCAGGCCUGCAGGUAUCUUGAGGAGUUUAUAACAAACAUCACCAAUGUGUCCCCCGAAACAGUGCACACGACAAGACUCUAUGGCUUGUCUACUUUCAAGGAUGCCCGUCAUGCUGCAGAAGGAGAAAUCUACACCAAAUUGAACCAGAAAAUUGACGAGUUUAUCCAGCUGGCAGACUAUGAGUGGAGCAUGGCUGAGUCUGACGGUCGGGCCUCAGGUUAUCUCAUGGACCUGAUAAAUUUCCUCCGAUCCACAUUUCAAGUCUUCACACACCUCCCGAAUAACAACAAUGACCAUGCGUCGAUGUCGGGUAAAGUGGCCCAGACAGCUUGUAUGUCAGCCUGCAAGCAUCUGUCCACAUCAUUGAUGCAGAUGUUGCUGGACACAGAACUGAAACAGAUCAGCAUGGGUGCCAUUCAGCAAUUCAACUUAGAUGUCAUUCAGUGUGAACUGUUUGCCAGCUCAGAGCCUGUCCCAGGUUUCCAAGGAGACACACUGCAGCUGGCUUUUAUCGACUUAAGACAGCUACUGGACCUGUUCAUGGUGUGGGACUGGUCAACCUACCUCGCAGACUACGGUCAGCCGACCUCCAAGUACCUUAGAGUAAACCCAGCCACAGCCCUGACUUUACUUGAGAAGAUGAAGGACACCAGUAAGAAGAACAAUAUCUUUUCUCAGUUCAGGAAGAACGACAGAGACAAACAGAAGCUGAUAGAGACUGUGGUCAAACAGCUAAGGAGCCUGGUCAAUGGCAUGUCCUCCUAAGGUCAUAUAUGUCACUCACUCAAUCAUAGUUCCACACACACUGAAACUGCCCAGACUCAGUCAGACCAGCACUUGCAACCAAUACAUGAAAUCACCCACUCCAAGGAAUAGACAAGCACAUAGCUCAAACACAGAGGGGCCUGAUUUGCUUAAGAUUUGCCGGUGCAUAUUUUGUGUUUGGGGUGCUCUUCUAAAUAUUCCAUGGUACGUAAAUAUUCCAUGGUACGUAAAGCGCAAAACCUCUGCACCACAUUUACAUCUAUUGCCAACAGCGAGCUCAAUCUGUCAGAAUGAGCGAACAUGCAAUUUAGCGCCCGCUAUUUGGGAUCCAAGUAUGGCCCACAGAGUGAUUAGAGACGGCUACCGUACACACGGAGGAGCCAGUGAACAGACUCCUAAUACGGUAUACAAAACAAAAAACAAAACAAAAACUCGAGUAUUUGAUUUACUGUAACAAGAACAAUACAAACUAGUUUUGUUUGUUUGUUUCUUCAAGGGUGCAAUGAUUAUAACUGCAAAACCAGUACUGUGACAAUGACAUCAACGAGAGGAAAAGAACCACAAAUUGAUGGGAGGUGUUCCGAUGUGCAUUUGUAAUUCGAACUUCCAAAUCCAUAUUUUAAGCUUUCUUUUGAAGACGAAGUUGUUGUAUUUUCUUUUGAGCCCAUUUUAUCACAAAAUAUAAGAUGUCGACUAAUAUACAGGCAUUAAAUGUAGAUUUGUUUUUUUCUUCGGACACCUACAGAAGGUGAGGAAAAGAACGUUCAGUCUUUCAUGUCCAUAAUGUACAAACAAAAUGGCCGAUGACGUCUUAAGAGACUGAUGUUCAUAAAAAAAGAUCCUAUCCUUUUCUUAACUUUUAACUAUUACGUUUUCUGCUUAUUUUUUAAGUUCAGCACAAAAUUUGAGUGUUUGAUCGUAAAAUGGGUCUUUACCAACAAGUAAACCUCCUCCGGUGAGCCUGUUUAAAUGAAUGGCCGAUGCAUUAAAGGGAGUGUCUUAAUGUAUUUUAUUUUAUUUUUUACUCUUGAGCAUCACGUUUGCUUUUUAACGACUGCUAAUUUAUCGAUUUUUCUUUAAAGGGGACAUAUUAUGCCAAACCAACUUUUUCUAGUAUUUGGGAUGUAAUCUUGGCUCUAUGGUGCCUCAGCAAAUAGGGGAAAUCGGAAUUAUAAUCCUCCACGCAUUCCUGAGUUCCAGACGUUUUUCUGCCGAGAAGCCUGAAAUCACGUCAAUGGAAUUUCUCAAGCUUAUGUACGUCACUAGCGGAGAUCCGCUCCCGAGCCAGCCGUGUCAACGUAAAAAAUGUGUGGGAGGUAACCAAUCAGCGGAAAGUAUAUAUGGACAAAGCGGAUACAAAACUGGGUCAAACAGAAGUAGAUGUCAGAGGGGCCUUUUCUGGACACUCAUGACAAAACCAAUGUGUUUUUGGAAAUUAAAUUGACACUUUUAUACUAAAUCCAUGUUAGAGAAUCACUCUUUGGAGGUCUAUGUAAAUAUCCAAAAUACGGGACCUUUAAAAAAAAAAAAAAAAAAAAAAACCAGGGUCUUCCCAGAAAAGUUUCCUAGAUUCCAAAGAACUCAAGGUUGCGGCCACAUAGACUCAUUCAGGACAGCUCAAUAAAUGCUGUCAAAAUAAUCCACAAAAAUCACAGACUUGAAGAAACUGUCUAUACAACGUACUACAUUUGCAAUCUGAUGAGAAAAAUAUAAGAUGACAUUCCUGCUGCAUUAAGUACGUCUUAAAUUGCCAUUUGCAGUACUGUCGCACUGCUGACAGAAAGUAGCGCCAACACACUUUUAAUGGAUGCCAAUAUGAGGUACUACCAUCAUUUAUGAUUUUGAAUGAAAUGUGUUUGUUGUCUCUGCAUCCAAAUACUGUAAUCUGGUGAUGUAUGAAAAAGUCUUUGUGUCUUUCCAAAUGAUACUUUAUUUGAUGGAUUCUCAUUUUGCACACCUCACAAAGUAUUUGCCAAAGUACGAUGAGAAAUCUGCUAGACGCAGUCCACAUCUGGCAUGGACCAUGCGUCUAAGUCAAUGGGCAGCAAUAUAGUACAUGAUUAAAAAUUGUUAGACCAUCAUCACACACACUGAUUUUAAGAUCGUGUUUGGAGAUGGCAGCGAUGUGGUUCCAUUGAUAAUUUCAACUCUUGUGUGUGUUGCCCUUUUCCUUUGUAAAUGACACCAAAAGAAAAUGUAAAAUGGGUGGGGGUGAUGUUAUGAUAAUGUAUACUUGUAUAUUUAACAUUUCAAGAGCUUUUAAAUUUUACAUUUUGAAUUCUCGAGUUUUGUUCCUCAGGGUGAAAUGGGUCUUAUGAAUGUGUUCUAUUCAUAAAGCACAGCAAUAAUGACUUGGCUUCCUUUCAGCCUUGCUGGCAGGUUUAACGUUGAACCCUGCCUGCUGACGAUGACCAUUUUUGUAAUGUAUCUGUCGUUAUUCUGUGCUCUCAGCGGACACAUUUUUACUGUACCGUUUGGCUUCUUAUUAGAAUUACGUUGUACAUUUUCAACGGUUGCUUGUACACUCCCAAAAUGAUUGGCGCAGUGAGGACGAUUGACUUUAGUUUUCAUGAAAACCUUUUGGUCAAACGAUCAAUACGCUAUCAAUGUUUUUGUCUUCUUCUCACUUUUUAUUUGGAAUGCCCUGUAGAUCAAGAAGUACAGUGCAGAAAAAGAACCCCAAAAACAACAGCUGAAAGAGGCUGCGGCGAAAGCCUGGAAAUGGAAAAAAGUCUUCAUCUUGUUCACUUUAAUCGAUUAGUAGUGGACACUAUACAUUUGCAAAGCGCAUUUCAAAGAUUUUAAACAUCUGGAGGUUAUUGCUGACCUCAAUAUUUUCUUCCAUCCAUCCAUCUUCUACCGCUUAUCCGAGGUCGGGUCGCGGGGGCAGUAGCUUUAGCAGGGACGCCCAGACUUCCCUUUCCCCAGCCACUUCAUCCGUCCCUUCCGGGGGGAUCCCGAGGCGUUCCCGGGCCGGCCGAAGGACGACGUCUCUCCGCCGUGUCCUGGGUCGUCCCCGGGGUCUCCUCCCGGUGGGACGUGCCCGGGAACGCCUCACCUUCUUUAUUUAUUUUUGUUUGUUUGUUUUGUGGAAUAGUGGACAACAAAAUGAGCAAAGUUAUGUAAUUGCUCUCAACUCAAUCGCAUGGUUUAACUGAGAAUGCUACGUUGGGAUAUACAUUUUCAAAAAUAUGUUUAUGGGCAAAUGUUUACGUACAAUUCCAGACAAACGUUUGUCGUUCUACUCUGUAAGACACCCUCAAAAAGUUUUUUUUAAUUUGGUGUGAUGUACUAAAUAUUAAUUCAUCAGUAAAUGAUCAUUCUUGUUAAAUACAAAGCAAGUGUGUCAAUGAUGAGAUUUGGAAGUUCAGUGAAAUAAAAAUGCAAUUUAC